UGUAGUAUGUGGGAACCAGAGUUGACGCCAACCGUGUGGGUUCUUAUAACAUGGCAAUAAUAAAAAGCUCUUCGCAGUGGAAAUAAGAAAAUGGAGAAUACUUAGUUUGUUUAUAUACGUAUAUACUUCGAAUAAAGUUGGCAUACGAUUUGUGAGAGAAACUUCAGUUGCAUUUUGUAUUUAGUAAAUAGUAUAAUACGGAUUAUUAUAAUUAAAUAAAGUGUUAAAUAGACUGAAGUUCUAAGAAUAAGUCUCUCAUGAAGAAUUUAAGUUUAACCUUGAUGGCGAGUUGAAAUUUUCUAGUGUUUAUUUAAGCCUACACCUUUUUGUUGGUGCUAUUUAAAGGUUAUUACGUGUGCACCUUAUACUCUAAAUAUUAAAUAAAUUUAAAAGCAAAUACAACCACAUGAUGCACGAAAGACGCGUAGAAAAAGUUAAAGGUGGACAUUAUGUUGCCACACAUAAUCAGCCUAUGGGAUACCCGCCUUAUACGCACUCCAACCGUGCUUACUCCACUGAUGGUGAAGAAUCACAUAAUGCCGCUUCUGCGGUAGGAUAUACAGCUACACCAGAGUAUCCAUACAGUUCUGCACGUAAGAUGAACUUAUAUCAAAACCAUCAUGCUCCAGCUGAUGAGGGUAGUGUAAUUUACAAUCAAAAAUGGUCAAAUGGUUCACCCCAAACACGCCCAUUUUCUACACUUAGCUAUGAUCAAGGUGGUGAUGUGAGCAGUGAAAUUUAUGUGACCAGUGCCGCUUAUAAGGAGCCUUCAGAGAUAAGUCGUUACAGCCAUCGGCCACAAUCACGUGGAGCAUCACAUAGUGUUUAUUCCGUCGCAAGCACAGCGAAAACAGGACAAAGUGCUCGCUCUACAACGAAACGAGGUGUUAAAAUCGAUGCGAUGUCAGCACCAAAUCCAUUCUGCCCCAAUAUAAAAGGGGUUUGCUGUUUAAUGCUGCUUCUUAAUCUUGGGUUAAUUCUCGUAACAUUAGGGUUUGUAAUAGUUGUGCAAUUUUACGAGCCUUUAUAUGUGUGGAUACUUGGGAUCAUAUUUUUAAUUUUUGGAUUCCUUACUCUCAUUGGGUGCAUGAUAUACUGUGUGCAUGUCUGUAGAGACGCAAAAACACCUUCCCAAGUGCGAAAUGAAAAUCUUUAUUGGACAAGACAUUGGCAAAAUAACAUCGGUUACAUACCUACCAAAGAAAUAUCAUAUAAAGGAAAUAAAUAUGAUGGUUAUUCGGAUCAUUAUUCAAUAAGUAAAGUUAGCGGAAAAUACUCGGACCGUGGUAGUAAUCAUUAUUAGAUCAACAUGUUUUUUCGGAAAUGAAGGAAAUCUUGAGGAGAAAAUUAAUAUUUAUGUCUAAUCGUGUUAAUCUAUUGUAAAUUAAUAAGACCUAUAGCCAACAUUUAUUAUCGAUGUGAUGUACUAGUACACUGUAACUGUUGUGAAAGUGCAUUUAAUUGUUAAUCGAUUGUAAAAACGGAAAAUGUUUUAUCUAAAUUAUAUCCAAAUGUAUUAAACUUGAACUAACUCAAGUCAUUAGUUGGGCUUUAACGUUGUUGUACUUAUCAGUUAAUAAGCUUUUAUACUUAAAUAUAUGUAUUUUUGUCUUAACUAUAUUUAUAACUACGUAUAUAU